GUGCCUACCGAGAGGUCGUGGUUAUGUUGCCGCUGGUGCUGCUGCUCCUGCUGCUGCCCCUGCCGCAACCGUCCGUGUCUGCCGAGAAGCCGCCACCAUGCAACAGCAACAUCUAUUGCUAUGGAGAUCUCCUGCACACGGUACAAAUGGCCUCCAUACACGACGAUUCCAAAACAUUUGUAGACAUGAAGAUGAAAUUCUCUCCAAAUGAAACACUGGAACGUUUUGAAAAAUUCAUGAACAGAACAAACAGAAUGCCAGAUAAACUUCAAGUCGAACUGUUUGUGAAUGAUACGUUCGACCCUCCUGGCAGUGAGUUUGAGCCAUGGGAUCCAGUGGACUGGGUAGAAAAUCCAGCUUUCCUGGACAGAAUCGAUGACCCAUUGUACCGCGAAUGGGCAUCAGAGCUGAACCAUUUCUGGAAAAACCUUGGGAGGAAGAUUAAGGAUGACGUCAGGGAACAUCCGGAACAGUACUCAAUUAUUUACGUUCCGAAUCCAGUGAUCGUCCCCGGAGGUCGAUUUCGUGAGUUUUACUACUGGGACUCCUACUGGAUCGCAAGAGGUCUCCUGUACAGUGAAAUGUACGCCACCGUUAAAGGAAUGCUGAAAAAUUUUCUGGAAAUUGUCAACACCUAUGGAUUAAUACCAAAUGGUGGGAGGAUUUACUACAUAAUGCGUUCACAUCCUCCAUUACUCAUACCUAUGUUCAAAAGCUACUAUGAAUUCACAAAGGACAUUGACUUCUUGAACGAGAGUAUAUCAACACUGGAGAGAGAAUUUGACUUCUGGAUGAAGAAUCGUACUGUGACCGUCGAGAAAGAUGGAGUGAAGUACACCUUGGCGAGAUACAGCGACGAUUCAAGCGGGCCUCGUCCAGAAUCAUACAGUGAGGAUGCCCAUAAUGCAAGGAUCUAUAAGACAGUGAAAGAGAAAAAUGAGUUUUAUUCUGAACUCAAAGCUGCUGCAGAAUCUGGAUGGGACUUUUCUACAAGGUGGUUUAUGCUAAAUGGUACAAAUAAAGGGAACCUGACACAGCUAAAAACACGGCAGAUCAUUCCAGUUGAUCUAAAUGCCUUUAUUUACUGGAAUGCAAAAAUUUUGGAGGACUUCUGGCGAAUGCUUGGCAAUCCAACCAAAGCUGAAUACUACAGAGAUAUAGCAGAAAAAUGGAAAGAGGCUGUAACUGCUGUCCUGUGGCAUGAUGAAGUUGGUGCCUGGCUUGAUUAUGAUAUGUUAAAUGAUAUUAAACGUGAUUAUUUUUAUCCAAGCAAUAUUUCACCAUUAUGGACAGGCUGCUAUGAUAAAAAUGAUCAUACAAAAAUUGGAAAAAUCCUGAAAUAUUUAGAGAAGAGCCAGGUAAUGAGUAGUCGAGGAGGUAUACCAACCUCACUUGAACAUUCAGGUGAACAGUGGGACUAUCCCAACGCAUGGCCUCCAUUGCAGUACAUAAUGAUCUAUGGCCUUGAUCAGACUGAUGAUGAAUGGGCUCAAAGUCUGGCACUUGAAAUAGCAGACAUGUGGGUCAGAUCAAACUUCAUUGCUUUCAAUUGCACAAAAUAUAUGUAUGAAAAGUAUGAUGCCACCCUCAUUGGUGUUGGGGGUGGAGGUGGAGAGUAUCGUGUACAGCUUGGUUUUGGCUGGACAAAUGGUAUUAUUUUGGAGCUGUUGAAUAAAUAUGGCCAUCAACUGCAAGUUGUUGACAAAUUUAAUGCAAAAGCUGAACAGAGCACAGCAUCUGGUGUGCAAGCUAGUGGAGGCCAAGUGUUAACAGCAGUGCUUGUUCUUCUCGGCACAUUGGCUAUCGGCAGCAUAGGGUUGCUGAUGUAUAAGAGAUGGGCUCAAACUACCACAUCACCAACUGCAGCCAGAACUCAGAGAAAGCGUGGAAUCUUCCCAAAGCUUUGUGGAGGUUAUACAGAAUUAAAGGAUCUCAACUUUGACUAAGUUUUAGCAUAGUUAGUCAGGUAUAUGGUUGAUUUCCAGAGUUCACUAUGGAAUCUAGCGAGUGUAUUUGAAUCAAGGAAGAAAGUUGAUAAAAUUGUAAUAAAUCAGUGAGAAUGCAUUAAGAACAAUCAGUAUGAAAGCAUUUACAUUUAAAUAUGUUUAUGCUAUGUACAAGAAGAAAAGAAACUAGUUGUGUGAUGUUCCUAUAUGUCUUAUCUGAAAACUUGCCACUACAAUAAACUGGCUCAGUCAUUAUUAUUUUUACAAUGAAUCAGUUGCUCAAUAUUUAUGUCAGACUGAAUUGCCAGGACUAUUUCUUAAUGUGAAUGUGACAUUCUUGAGUUAGAUAUAUUUGUUCAUGUUGAACAAAGGAAUGAUUGUAGUAUUCUGGCAAAACUGCCUGAGAAGUGAGUGCCAGGAUAUGAUUACUUAGACUGUAUAGUCUAUUUGCAAACUUCGUGCCAUAAAAUAUGUCUUUGCUAAUUUGUGAUAAAUCAGUGACAAUAUUUCCAUGUACAAGUCAGUAGGAUUUUGUACCUCUACAUAUGGGACAGUUACAAUGUAAUAAAUUUAUUGGUGUUUUGUAUAAACAUUUGUGAAGCAGUACAUGUAUGAUUCAAAAUUAUUUUAAUCACAAUAUAUUAAAAGUGAUAUAGUGUCUUCUAUGUAGAAAUCCCACACUAUCCAUGUUAACACCAUAUAUCUCUGACUUACUCAUUUGGUGUAAAAAUGUUAAAUAUUGAAACAGAAAUGAGCACAAUUAAAAAAACUUCACAAACAUAACUCAUGCUGCCCUGCCAAGACAGAUUUGUCAAUUAGUCAACUUACUGGCUAGUAACACUUGCCCCAGAGGGAUUUGUUAUGAAAUUUCAAAAUUUUUGUCAUUCACCAGUAAACUAACAUGAGCUACCACAUCCCCCAGCCCCCUUCCUCCUCAACCAUUACUGUGUCCUGUCCUGGGUACACUCUUGCAAAAUUACUGGAAAAAUCUUCACAAGCCGAACUGCUACUGCCUUGUCAAGACAGAUUCAUCAAUUUAUUGACUAGUAAUACUUGUAUCCAGAGAAAUUUGUUAUGAAAUCUCAAUAUUUUUGUCAUUCACUGUGAGAUAAUAUGAGUCCCCCUCCCUUCUCCUUCCUCAAACACUACUAACUCAGAUGCUGGGUACAGUCUUGCAUACUGUGCAUAUUUAUAUAGAACAAUUAUUACUGAAACAAGAAGUUUUGAUCUGUAUUCUUACCAAAAAUCACAAGAUAACCAAUCUGCAGCAGUUAGUAUGGAAAUGCUGCGGUUAAUUGUUUAUAUUGGUUAUAUAUUACAUCUACAACCAAAAAAUAUGAUUCUGAAGAAGGAAGGUAGAAUGUUCAAUUUAUUCAUACAUUCAUUGUAUGAAAAUUGAGCAGACUUUUCUAUUUUUAGUGCACACAUUUUUAUCCCAGUUUGAUUAUUUUUUAAACAUUAAUGUACUAAUAACUGCUGUCUGCUCACUGUGAUAUUUAAGAGAAGUGCACCAAAACUGAGACGUUUAAUCUCAUAUGAUGAGAUAUUUUAAAGAACAUCAUACAUAUAAAUAGGAAAUUCUGACUCCAAUUUCUGUAUUUAUAAAU